CCGCUCUCCAACUAUAGAAAACACCAUGUUUUACAUUUGAUCUUCUCAGUAUAACCAACAUUUGACGCCAUACUUGAUGCCUCGGGCUGCGCAGUGCGGACAUUCCCACUCAUCGACCCCGGUGGGGAACACGGCAGCAAUCGCAUGACAAAUCUGGCUGACAAUGAUCAGAGUUAGACGCCAAAUCUUCACGUGCCUGAUCUUCGACCUGGUCGCCGCGCCCAGAAGUAUGCAAAGAUAAGCGACUGCGGUCUGCGGCCGGCCAAAGAACUCCUUGGUCUGCGCCAGGACGACAAUGCACAACGUCGCCCGUUUCUCAGCUCAGUGUGCACUGCUCCUCGCCGGGUGGCUCCUUCUCCUGAGCCGCCGAGAGGGACUGCCCUUCGCCAAGUUCCGGAGAGAUGGAGAUGACUACGAAGUCGUAGCCCUACGACCCGUGGUCUCGAAUGAGUCGGUCUGGAACGAGAUCGUACCGUCGUCAAAGCUGCUGUGGACGGAUUGUUACGGCGACAAGCAGUGCGCGCGUCUGCUUGUCCCGCUCGACUACGGUGGCGCUCAGGGACGCACCGCCGCGAUCGCCCUUGUCCGGCUGCAGUCCGUCGUCUCACACCACUCGCCUGAAUAUCGGGGACCCGUUUUGCUCAAUCCCGGUGGCCCAGGAGGUUCUGGCGUCGAUUUCCUGCUGAGCAGAGGCGCGGCUCUGCAAAAGAUUGUCGGAGAUCAGUAUGACAUGGUCGGCUUUGAUCCACGCGGCAUAUCCCGCUCCACACCCCGGGCGUCGUUCUUCCUUUCUCGCGCAGAGCGCGCAUUGUGGGAGACGUCAGGAGACAUGUUUGCUCGGUCCGUGAACGAGUCGGCCUCCUCCUUGGCGGACGGCUGGGCGCGGGGGAUUCUCCACGGCCAGCUUGCGGGAGAGCGGGACGUCGAGAACACCCUGCAAUUCAUCAACACGGACCACACCGCAAGAGACAUGUUGUCUGUCGUCCACGCGCAUGGGUUUGAAAAGCUGAACUACUGGGGCUUCUCGUACGGAAGUGUGCUCGGCGCGUCGUUCGCCGCGAUGUUUCCAGACAAGGUCGAGCGGCUGAUCAUCGAUGGUGUCGCCGAUUCCUACAACUACUUUGCGCUCGAAUGGUCGAACAACCUCAUCGAUGCUGAUACCAAUUGGGCCUCGUUCGCCUCCGGAUGUGUCGCAGCAGGGCCUGAGGGCUGCCCGUUUUACAGCACGUCCGCUGUACAGAUCACCGACCGUCUCCAGGCGCUAUACAAUCGCCUCCUACAACGCCCCAUUCCCGUCCGCACUGCCAAAUCUUACGGCCUGGUCGACUUCUCCAAGUUGCGUCGCACGAUCUUCAGCGCCCUGUACUCUCCAUAUGCGAAAUUCCCGCCCCUUGCCGCUGCUCUGGCCGACUUGGAGCGGGGCAACGCAACGGCGCUCUGGGAGAUGUCCGAAGGGGAUGCUUUCGAGUGUGGCUGCGACCCCACCGAGCACAUCUUUGACUCCGUCGGUGACGGUGGGGCCGCAGUUCUGUGCAACGAUGGAGCGAGGAUGUCCGGUGAUUUUGACUCGAUGGAGAGACACUACCAUGAGAUGCUCAAGGUUUCUGAAUGGGCUGAUGUUUGGGAGCCACUUCGCAUGCAGUGUCUCGCAUGGCCCAAUUAUCCCAAAAAAUACUUCAACGGGCCAUUCAUAGCCAACACGAGUCAUCCGAUACUGCUCAUCGGGAACACCGCAGAUCCCGUGACACCACUCUGGGCUGCCAACAACAUGUCCACUGGAUUUACAGGAUCUGUUGUACUGACUCAGGAUUCCGUCGGGAUCUCAAUUACCUUAUGCUGUACACGUGAUGACUCAUCCCGGACACGUGUAGUAACCCGUCAGCAAUUUGCCUACAUACUGCCAUCCCCCGGCGCAAAAGACGGUAUGGAUGAAAGCCACCGCGAGAACCGUUCUCCCCGUCGACUCGUCCUUCCACCCGAAAUUUGGGACUGCGUUCUCUCAUUCAUCAACUCGUCCUACCCAGCGACGCUACACGCAUGCUCUGCCGUGUGCCGCGCCUGGGUGCCAAUGAGCCGGCGCGUGCUGUACGACCGGGGUGUGAAUCUGUCGCACAAAUCGGCCAUGCGCUUCGUCGACCUGGUCGCGCACCCGCUGCACACGUUCACGGGCAUCGUCAAGCUCAAAGUGUUCUACGUGAACGGCAACAUCGCGCUGCUUUUCGACCGGCUCGCGAUGCUGCCCGCGCUGCGCGAGUUCUGGAUCUGGCACGACUCGAGGAUAGAAUUCGAGGAUGGGACGGGUGGGAUGGGACCGUUCGGCUUUCCCUGUGUGAGGAGCGUGGAGAAGCUUGUGUUGGUGGACUUUUCCUUCAAGACUGGUGAAGACGUCGUGCAAUUCGUCGUCCGGUUCCCACGACUGAAAUACCUGCGCUUGGCCAGAGUCGUGAUUUUCGAUGUGGACGCCAUUCAGACGCCGCUCUCGAUAUCAUUGGAUCGUUUCGAGUUCUAUGUGCACCAUGCAGUCGAUUUUGUGGCUAAUGGUGCGGUCGAGAUCCGCACAAGCGAGCUGGUUUUGGACCGUGCGAAACAGGCAUCAGAGCUACAGAUCUCUUUGUUGCAGCACUACCUAGACUUCCUCGAUUCCGGGUUGAGCGUUCUAGAACUGGGUCCAAGCUUCCCGCCGCAUGCUUUACGCACGGGCACAAAUACAGGCAUUAUUGCGCUCACCAUAUGCGAAAUGCUUUCCAUUUCCAUGAGCAUAGGGCAAAAUGAUAGACUGGGGGAGCUUUCCGUGGAUGCGGAUUUCAUCAGCAUGCUGAUUCGACUCGGGGAUAGCGGUCUGCGGAUACAGUCUCUAUCGCUCGGCGUUGGAAGCACCCUGGCGCUGACGAAAUAUUCUGACCCGUUUCACGCGUUUUCAACAUUGGCGGUGCUGCACAAAGUGCAGGCAGUCACCCUGCGUGUCGAUUGGGAUGAAUUCGAGUUUCUCCCUCAGGAUCUCGUGAUAAAACACGUCCUAGAGCUCAUUCCCAGCUGCUGGCAAGAUAUUUUAGUAGUAAUUUAGUGGGUAAUGAAGUGAUUGCGGGUAGCCGUUGCAAAUUUGAGGAGGCUCAACCACCCAUGUCUUUUACUCGCCCGAUCCUCUUGGGGUGUGAAGGCGAUUUGUAAACCUGUACAAAUUCUUCCGAGCGACAUGACCCAGUCGCUCGCCAUGCCGGAACUGAGGAAGGCUUAACAAAAUCCAAGUGCGAGAGUGAAUCUUGUCGGGUUCAAAACGAAGGGAUCGACGCGAGCAGGACUUGAACCUGCGCUCGGAAACCGAAACAGAUAGCGUGCAUUCG